AGGGGAGCAGGUCUUCCCCCUGUCCCACCGGUGGGGGCGCCCCGGGGUGCGCGCGGGGUCAAGAGCGCGGCUGGGGAUAGACAUGGAAAUUGGGAUUUUUUCCUAAGGGACUUUGCACCAGGCAGAAGAACAGGAUCGGGAUAGACUUUGAAUGGGGCAACUUUUGAGAGACUUGGAAAGGCUGCUUGCACUAGACAGAGGGGUGUGUGUGUGUGGGGGGGGUGUGCAAGGCUGCACGGGGCUCCGGCGCUUGCACGUGAGAAUGCGCAGCGUUUGCGUGUUGGAGGCAUAAAGCGCCGUCUACAAGGGGGGGGGGGAAGCUGCAUGUGGUGGGGCAUUGGACAUCUGGACUUCCGGGGUGGCCCUGGGUCUGCCCGGCCUUCCCCGCUCGUCCCUCUCUCUCCGCGCCUCGCCGCAGCAGGGGGAAGCCCGGCGUGUUGUGAUCAUGUGGUUUGGCCGGGGCGGCCGGCAGAGCGCCCAGCCGCCGCCUCCCUCCCGGGUCGGGCUACUCUUCCCGUGUAAGGUGCUGCCGGCGAGGCCCCGCCCCCUUCCCCGCCCCCACCCCUCCCUCCCUCCCUCCGCCAGAGGUGCAGCCGGCUCGCCUGGCGGGCGGCGAGUGUGCGUGUGCCACGGGCGAGCGAGCGAGAGGCGCACGAGCGGCUGCCGGGCUGGCUGCUUGGCUCGGCUGCAGCCGCCGCUUCCUCCUCCUCCUCCUUCCCGCAGCAUGUGGCCCUCCCGCCGGGUCCCCGGAGAGAGGCGGCGCCCGCUGGGGGCGGCACGAGCGCAGGAGACGACGACGAGGACGGCGCUGCUGCUGCUACUACUGGACGGCCGCAGGUGCUACUGAGGGAUCGCGCUACCUGCCCGGCCAGCCCAGGUGUGCGUGACAACAGCAGAGGCCGGGGGAGCGGCAUGCCGGCCCCGCGGGGCCUGUAGCGCCGGCUGGGGCUCGUCGGAAGGGCCCGCCGUCUCUCGACGACCGCCGCGCAGCCCGCUUCGGCCCCCGGCAGCGCUCAUCUGUUGCUCGCGCCCGCUCGUUCGCCAUGGAGGCGGCAGCCCGCGCCGCUCCUCGCCCUGCCCGCUGAGCCGCCUGGCCGCGGCCGGGGGGGGGCGGCCGGGAAGCGAUGCUCUGAGCCGCCGCCCCCUACCUGCCUGGCGACCCCCUCGGAGACCAUGCUGGCCCCCUGAGCGCCGCUGCGACCCCCCUCCCCAAAGCCUCGCCUGGAAUUAUACAGAGGACCCCCCUUCCCCACCCCACCCCCCGGGGACCGGCUCACUCGCCUCCCCGCCAGCCAUGGAUGAGAAGCGGCAGGCGCACCAGGUAGACGUCGACCCGGAGUUCGAGCCCCAGAGCCGGCCCCGCGCGGGCACCUGGCCCCUGCCGCACCCCGACUUCCCCGGCGAGGAGGACGACGGGGCCGCGGCCGGAGGAGGCGUCGGCGUCGUGGGGGGCUCCAAGCACCCGCUGGCCGGCGGCGGCGGCACGGAAGGCGCCGAGAACGCGGCCGGCGGGGCGGCGGAGCGCGGCAAGGGCGGCCCGGCGCUGCCUCCGCUGGGCGCCGACGUUGGACAGCUCCGCAAGGCCAAGACCUCCCGGCGCAACGCGUGGGGGAACCUGUCCUACGCCGACCUCAUCACCAAGGCCAUCGAGAGCUCGCCCGAGAAGCGGCUCACCCUCUCCCAGAUCUACGACUGGAUGGUCCGAUACGUGCCCUAUUUUAAGGAUAAAGGCGACAGCAACAGCUCGGCCGGUUGGAAGAACUCGAUUCGCCACAACCUCUCCCUGCACACCCGCUUCAUCCGCGUGCAGAAUGAGGGCACCGGGAAGAGUUCCUGGUGGAUGCUGAACCCGGAAGGGGGCAAAACCGGAAAGACCCCGCGCCGGCGGGCCGUCUCCAUGGACAACAACAGCAAGUUCUUGCGCAUCAAAGGCAAAGCCAGCAAGAAGAAGCAGCAGCAAACGACUCAGGAGCGCGGGGAGGAGAGCCCGGCGAGCCAGCAGGCCAAAUGGUCCGGGAGCCCCGCCUCCCACGCUGGCGAGGAGUACGACGCUUGGGCCGACUUCCGGACACGGGCCAACUCCUCCGCCAGCACGCUCAGCGGGCGCCUCUCCCCAAUCAUGGCCAACCACGAGCCGGACGAAUUGGAAGAGGAUGACGGGACCCCGUCCUCACCCCUGAUGUACCCGAGCCCAUCGAGCACUAUGUCCCCCUCCCUGAAUGCCCGCUGCUCCGUGGAGAUGCCCAGGCUGACGGACCUCACGGGCACCAUUAACCUGAACGAGAGUCUGGGCGAGAGCCUUCUCGAAGACCUGCAGGACAGCUACAAUAUGAGUCCCGCUCAGCCCCUGCCCGCUGGGGGCCUCCGACAAAGGAACUCCACCUUCAGCUUCAACUCCAAGUGCUCGGUGGUGGACAAUGGAGGAGGAGGAGGAGGGAAUACUUACUGUGGGACCAUCUACAGCCAGCCUGCCAUGAGCCUCAUGCGCCGUCUGCCCAUGCAGACCAUCCAGGAGAACAAGCAGGCCACCUUUGCCCCGAUGAACUCCUAUCGCAACACCUCCUUGCAGGACCUGCUCUCGUCCAUCUCCUACGCACACAAGGAGGGUGAGCCGCACAUGCCGCAAGCGGGCAGCAUGGUGCCGCCCCGUGGCCACAGACAGAACGCCAUUGCGUGCAGUGGUGGGGGUGGAGGUGGAGAGAUAGGCCUCGUCCCCUACCCUCCCCACUCCUCUGCCCUGAUGAAGAGCAACGCGUUGUAUCACCCGUCACCAGCCAACCACCACCCCGCCGUCAACAACAGUGCCUUACCCUCUCCUAUCAGCCUUAUGAGCUUGCCCAACGACUCUUGCGGCAUGGUGGCCAUGCCUCACCAUGGGCACAUCCAUUCGUACGUCAACAACCAAGGGGCACAUAUGAGCUUGCUAGAUUCCUUGCAGGGAUCCUACCCAGAAGCCAUGCACACUCCCGUCAUGGGCCAGGACAGAUUCCCAGCGGACUUAGACUUGGACAUGUUCAAUGGCAGCCUGGAGUGUGACGUGGAGUCCAUCAUUCUCAACGACUUCAUGGACAGCGACGAGAUGGACUUCAACUUUGACUCCGCUCUUCCGCCACAAAACGGUCUCAACAUGGCCACUUUGCCCGGUGCCCCGCAGCCCACCAAUCAGAGCUGGGUGCCUGGGUGAGAGGACUGACCCUAAUAGCUCCAACCCACCAGUCAAGCACGGGGACAGGGGGAUGGGGGGGGGAGGGUUGAAACAAACUCUCUCUCUCUCUUACCACCCCCCUCCUCUUUUUCUUCUUUGCCUACGUUCGUUCAGCCAGGCUAGAGCCAUCUGUUUAAACUUGACGACAACACUAAAAACACACACACAGACACACAAAUGUAGGGUAAAAUGUUUUGACAGGUACCAGCGGCUGCCCGCUUGUGCCAGGUGUAUUGUGCAGUAAGUCGGAUCUGUCUUUGAUGUGUGCAAUAGGCACAGCUUAGCCAUGGCAUUGCGGAGCUGCUGGCCCACUCCCGCCCUCCCUCCUCUCCCUCCCUGGGCACCUGCACUACCGCACAGAAAGAGGGAACAGGUGAUUUGUGGCCCAAAGAAUGUUUUUCAGAUCUUAUUGUCGAGCCUUCCCCGUUGGCCGUGUUCCUCAGACAGCCUCCUGGGCAGGGCAGAUUCUAGAAUUCCACUCUCUCCUUUUUCCAGUGGCCUCCUUGGGAUCUCAGUGCUCAUUUGAUUCUCCCCUUCCCCAGCCUUGGCUGACUGUCAUGUUCCUGAAGCAGAGAUCAGUCGACCAGGUUCCAUGACCAGGCUUCUACAUAAGAACAUAGGAAAGAGCCUCCUGGCUCAGACCAGAGUCCAUCUAGUCCAGCACUCUGCUACUCUCAGUGGCCCACCAGAUGCCUUUGGGAGCUCACAGGCAGGAUGUGAAAGCAAUGGCCUUCUGCUGCUGCUGUUCCCGAGCACCUGGUCUGCUAAGGCAUUUGCAAUCUCACAUCGAGGAGGAUCAAGAUUGGUAGCCACAGAUCGACUUCAUCAGCCCCGUAAGCCUCAUUAAGCACCCGAGAGGCCAACAGACUAGGCUCCUUGAAUUUUCUAUGGUAGUUUUGUUAUCAAUGCUACAGGGGGGAAAUACUUUCUUCCCACUGUGGGCUCACCAGUCCAAGCAGCCGCCCCAGCCCACUCUUGAUCUGGCCUGGUGAGUUCACUGGGGGUUUGCUAGCCAAGGCAGCCACCUCCAGCCCCUGGCCCGACCCAACCAAGCUACAUGUAUAUCAUAUCCUGCUCUCAUAACAAAUGAGUUUGGUACCUCUGCUCUAGAACAAGCCUAUCCAGUGAAUCUCUGUGAAUUUCCUCAUAGAGUUGGGGUGGGGACGCUGUUUUCCCCUGUGGUGCAUAACAGAAACGUUUCUGAUCACUGUGGAUUCGGCAGCUGCCACAGGAGAAGCUCCGGGAAGCUGUUCCAAGCCAGCUUCGUCAGUGGAUGCAUUUUCUGUCCUCAGUGCCUGAAAACAGCAAUGGGCAGUUGCUGGACUCAACUGCAGGUGCAUGCAGUGCUAGCAAGAAGGUGUGCACUGAUGCAUGCCUUUCGAAGUGCACAGGUGCACAGUUUGGCUCUUAGCACCAUAUGAAGAGCUCGCUGCAGGAGUGAUAUCGCUGCUGGAGGCCUGGGGACUGGGCUGGGGCAGGCAAGCAGGAAUGGUGAAGGCAAGGUUUAUUUAUUCAGUUUUGUCCCCUCCAUUGUCCUGGACCACUCAGCACUCCUAAGGCAGCUCUUAGGCUUUGGAAAGAGGUAGUAGCAUCACUAAGUCCAAGAGGCAAGCAGGCAGGCACGCCAUAGGUUUGGAGUAGGCUGCUUACAAACUCUGGAGUUUCACCGUCUGGAGACAGUCUAAAAUGGGGUGUGGGGGAGGUCUACUUUGGAGCUUUUGUUUGAUAGGCUGGGGAGGAGGCUGAAAAUUGAGGCUCAUUCUUUCUAUAAACGACGGGGGACAUCCAAGCAAGUUUUCAAAGCAGAUUUGUACCAUACAACCUUUAGCAGGCAGGGGGUAACCAAUGGGUCUCAGUGGUGAUCUGGGAAUGAAAGAUGCUGGCCAGAGCUAGGUAUCUUCUCACCCUGGAUCUCUUAGAUUCCAGGUUGCCUCCCAAGAACAUGCCAGGAAAUACUUGGGUUCCACUUGGACUUGAACUAUCCCACCAGUGUGUGGGUUUGCAGUAGGAACAAAGACAGGCCUGAGCUGUUUGUGAAACAUUCACCCUUUAUUGCGCAUCUUGCAGCAGAAUAAUACUCGGCUGUUAAAUAGCCCUGGCUGUUGAAUUGGAGAAGUUAUUCUCACCAUACAUGCUUCCCUCUGGAGUUACCAACUUUGCCUUGGCAAAUGUUAGACCAAGGGUGUCCAACUCUGGUGCCCCAGAUGUUCACGGACUACAAUUCCCAAUUGUCCAUGCUGGCAAGGGCUGAUGGGAAUCGUAGUUUGUGAACAUCUGGGGCACCAGAGUCGGACACCCCUGUGUUAGACAGUUUGGAGGACCGUGCCUAGGAAGGGCAGAAUUAGGAAUGGAUAUGAAAUCACUUCCAGGUCCCCCCCUAGUCUCCAUGGACUUUACCAUUGUCUUUACCAUCAAUGCUAGGGGAAAUGCUUAGAGUUCUACCAUGUGGAGUCCAUUUUUUUUCUCCUGCUCUUCAAUUCCUUGGGGGCAGGAAGCUGGGGUGGGGUUGGUGAUUCCCUGCCCUGGGCAGGAAAAUGGGAGUCCAGUUUCCCACUACAUAGGAUUUGGAAUGUAGAAACCUUCAGCCUUCAUGCUACCUGGCACAGGAUCAGGGUGUUGGAGUACAAUUCUAUCCCCGGCUAAGCAUUUCUCAGUUUCAGAUUCCAGCAGAAUGAGCCUAUGUUCCCUCUUGGAUCACAUGCAGUUUCAGCGGCUUAAUAGAAUCCUAGAUAUGACUAUUGGGAAGUAAAUGGGAACUCACUCCUGUGGUAUGUUUGCGUUGAAGACUCUAGUUGCAGUCCUGUUGAUUUCAAAGGAAGAGUGACAUUUAAAGACACUGAAUUUUCUCCCUCUGAAACCGGCAGAGCUUUAUAGAGCUUCACUGUGCCUGGAUUCUGCCCAUAACUUUGAUCCAAACGGUAACUGCAAAUAUGCUGUCUUAGGGAUAGCUACUGCAUUCCAAUGUACUGCAUCUCUUUGCUAGAUGCAGCUUAGAAGAUCUUUGCUAGAUGCAGCAGAAGACUGGUUUUUUUAAAAAAAGUGUUUCUAAAAAGGAAACCAUCAGCAGUGCAGUAAGCAAGGUGGAAUGGGCUUAGCGUUCAUCACCCCAGUCCGGCAAGGGAAAUCCUAGAAACAGCCUUCUGAUGUUGUGACUUUUGUGGAUGGAAAGACAUAUUUAGCUGUAUGUCAACAUUCCUUCCUGUCCUGCAUUCCAAUGCUUAUCAGGGCUGGAUGAGGUUGCAGAUCCACAUUUGGGCCUUCCCGUUUGCAAUGCGCAAAAAAUCUGCCCACAGCGAGGAGUGAAUCAGGGCAAGUGCGUAGACCUCCAGAUGAAAGACCUUCUCCAGAAAAGGGUUUGUUUGUUUUUUUAAUUAUCAUCUAACAGAAUGAAAACA